AAUACUGAUAUAUAAAUAUAUAAAAUAUUAGGAAAUUAAGAUUUCAAUUAUAUAAGAAAUAAAAAAUCAGUAGUAAAUUUUAUAGGAUUAAAGGAAAUGGCCCAAAGAUUUUAGAGUGUUAUUUAAGAUUUUUAGGAAGAAAAGCAAGAUUAUUACUCAAAAUUAUUAUAGCACCCAGCAUUUUAUACGAUAUAAGAUCAUGCUGAAACUAGAUAAAAAUAAUUAGCAAGUUGGGCUGAUAUUACUCAUGCUUACUUCAAAUAAAAAAAUAUUAAUAAUUCUUCUUUGACAGAACUAAGCUCAGAAAGCUAUCCUUUUUUCUGCUUAUAAAAUUUAGGAAUUCCAAAAAGAUUGAACAGAGAAGAAAUUAAGCUUAUUUUGUAUACACUAGCUUAGUAAGGAAGUAUUUUGUGGGAAAAUGAAAACUACGAUGGAUUCUAAGUUCAGAAAUACUCUGCUAAUGAAAUAGCUGACGAAAUAUAUAAAUGGGCAAAGAAAAACUAUUAGAUUGGUGAAAUUAAUACUUUAGAAUUUAUUGUAAGAGGCAAUCAAACAAGCACAAAUGAGAAAUUCUAUGAUUUACCAGAUAAUUAAAUACUCUAUGCCUUGGAAGUACUGUAAGAAAAUAAGAAAUGCAUUAUAUUUGGAGACAGUACAUCAGGAUAUAGUGCUAAGUUUUAAUGA